AUGACAAAUCAAGAUUCUGGUUUAAGUUUUCUUGACCAUUCCGAUCCUCUAUUUCUUCAUCCCGCUGACCAUCCUGGUUUAUUGUUGGUCUCCAAACCAUUUGAUAGUUCGAAUUUUGGUUCAUGGAAGAAAUCUAUGUCAAUCGCCUUAUCAGCAAAGAACAAAUUGAUCUUUAUCAGUUCCAAUACUCAGCCUAGUGCCACUAAUCUAAAGUUUCCCCAAUGGAAGAGAUGCAAUGAUAUGGUUACCUCCUGGAUUUUGAAUGUCUUAUCUCAAGACAUAGCUGAAAGUGUUCUUUAUUCGGAUUCCGCCUACGACAUCUGGAAAGAACUUGAAGAUCGCUAUGGUCAAGCGAAUGGUGCCAAACGGUUUCAAUUAGAGAAAGACAUACGGUUAUCAGGCCAAGGUACGAAUGAUAUUGCUGGAUAUUUUACCAAAUUGAAGAAAAAUUGGGAUGAGUUAAACACUCUAUCUUCUUUACCUAUUUGUUCUUGUGGUGCUGCACAAGCUUUGCAAAAAUUUAAUGAAGACCAACGUCUUAUUCAAUUUCUUAUGGGUCUCAACAGUGAUUACAAUCACAUUAGAGGUAAUAUCCUCAUGAUGAAACCCUUGCCUUCUAUUAGUCAAGCUUAUGCAUUAUUAUCUCAAGAAGAAAAACAAAGAGAGGUUCAUGCUUCAUCACAAUUCAUCAAUGAAUCAGCUUCAAUGUAUGCAUCAAAUCAAACUCAAAUUCAUCUGCAAAAUUUCCAGCAUAAUCACAGUCAGAAGCAAAAAUUGGAUGGCAAAAGACUCAUAUGCACUCACUGUAAGAAAUCAGGGCACCUUGCAAACAAAUGCUACAGAAUUAUAGGAUUUCCUAAGGAUUUUAAGUUUACUAAAAAUAAGAGAUUUUCUGGCAAUGCUAUGACCCAGCAAUUCAAUGAAGCUCCACAACCUGAAGAAGUUUCUCAGCAUAAUGGCCAUCUAAAUACUUCUCCAGCUUUACAAACUUGGAAUUCUAACAAUAAUGCUCCACAUAUAUCUCAACUUCAGUUCAAUCAAUUAAUGACUAUGAUGAGUAAUCUACAACCCAAUAAUAAACCUAAUCUUCCAUCUGGUGAUCAUAAUACUCCUUAUUCUGCAGAACAUACAGGUCAAGCGUUUACAGCAACUAAUUUCUCUGGUAUAACAGCCUUUUCUCCUCAUUUUUUUUCUGGAAAUUGCAUAUCUUAUAAUGGUUGGUCAGCUGUUUAUUUUACUUGGAUAAUUGAUACUGGUGCUAGUGAUCAUAUGUGUCAUAAUGCCAAUCUAUUCACAGAGACACACAUCCUUCCUCAAGCAUAUCACAUUACUUUACCAAAUGGUCAUGUAGUUCAUGUGCAUAAAGUAGGCUCUGUUCGCAUUCACCCUGAUAUCAUUCUGCAUAAUGUUCUUCAUGUUCCUCAAUUUAAAUAUAAUUUGCUUUCAAUAGGCAAGUUAUGCAGUCAGACUUCUUCUUUUGCUCUUUUCACUAAUUCUAAGUGUUAUUUUCAGGGCCCCUUAAUGAAGAGGCCUCUUGAACUUGGUGAAAUGCACUCAGGGCUUUAUCUUCUACAACAUUUUCCUCCUCUUCACAUUUCGACAGAUUACAAUUCCACUGUAUCUCAUCCAAAUCAUACUUCCAAAGAUUCUACUCAAUUAGAUAAACUUUGUAAUCUAGCUGAUUUUUUUCCUACAAAUAAAUGUAAUCUCAACUCUUCCAUUCUGAAUAAUAGAUCUCAAACUGUUGAUACUACUAUUUCUACUCUUUCAUUAAAUACAGCCUUAUGUAAUUCUGUUAAACAUAAUGAAAAUGGUCAAAUUUGGCAUCAACGAUUGGGUCACUUACCCUUAUACAAACUUCAACAGCUUUCUUUCUUUCCUAAUAACUCCAUUGAUACAAUUAAAUGUUGUAACAUUUGUCCACAGGCUAGACAACAUAGGUUACCCUUCCCUCUCAGUCAAACACAAUCUACACAUCUUUUUUAA